AUGUCUAAGGGAUUGUGUGAUCUAAUUAAUGCGGCUGAUAUUUAUGUUUUUGGUGAUCCAAACAACUCGAAACAAGAUAUUUAUGAGAGUUUUUUUAAUUUGUAUUGCCCUGAUAAAAAAUGUGAUACUGAUGACAACAAAGUUAUUUCUACUUUUAUAUCAUUACUAAAAAUGUUUGAGGAUGAAAAUUUAGAGAGUGAUAAACUUGCUGAGUAUGCUAUUUUAUGGUUAAGUUAUAUACCAAAUCAAAAAGCACAAAAUGGAACCACUACAUUAAACGAGUUUUAUACCAAACAUAUAAAAACAAAUAGUAAAUAUGAGGAAAAUACAUCUACUGGUAAUAAGAUUAAUAAGAAUAUUAUAGAUAAAAAAAUAGAAUCGAUGAAUAUUGAUAUUAAAGAUAUAUCUAAUUUUUAUGAUGCAUUUAAAUCAUUAUGUAACAUGUAUAAUGAAAUUAGUGCAGAAGACUACCAAUGCAAUAAAUGUUUAGAAAAUGCUAGAGAAUUGUUUGAAAAAUAUGAAAAACUUAAAAAUGCUUUAGAUAUUAAUAAAGGAAGUUCUUAUUUACAACUAUUGUCUAGUUUAUCAAAUGAUUAUAAAAUUUUUGAAAGUAAUUAUAAUAAUCUUGUUAAAUGUAAGAAUGUCUCAUCACUUAUAGCUUGUCCACGAAGUUCAGUAACAAAAAAUAUACUAAUUAUAAUUGGAAUUAUAUUUGUUGCAGCAUCAAUUUUAUUGGGAGUUUCUUAUAAGUAUUCGUUAUUUGGAUUUCGGAAACGAUCUCAAAAACAACAUUUAAGAGAAAUGCUAAAAAAAUAA